AAGACAAUUCGCUGACGGGCUUGCGCUUGCGCAGUGCGGACCGCAAGCUGUGACAAGCACCACGAAGAAGGCUUUUGGGCCGGGCCAUGGCAGAGCCCGGGGAGGCUCCGAGAGAUGAUGGCGGCGGCGGCCCCCAGGCCCAAGAAGAGGCGAUCAGCGCGGGGGAGUACGCGAGGCGCGUGCAUCAAUGGCUUUGGGACUCGUACUGCGGUUACCUCAGCUGGCAGAGCGGCCUGGCCGCGCUCAUGGCCGGAGCCGCGAACGCGGCGGUUUCAGCCCCGCCCCCUGGCGCCUACUACUACAGCAGCAGCCCCUGCUACUACCUCCUCGCGACCUCCCCUGCCCCCGAGGCCAGCCCUGCGCCCGCCCGGGUGGCCCCGGCUUGGCCCCCGCCCCCGGCUCGACACGCGCCCCUCGCCCAGCGCCCCGCCCCCACCGUCACUACACCCCCCGGCAGCUCCCAACGGGAGCCUGGCCGACCAGCAGGUCGUGAAUACGUUAUCCCAUCUUUAGCUCAUCGAUUUAUAGCAGAGAUGGUGGAUUUCUUUAUUCUUUUCUUUAUCAAGGCAUCAAUAGUUUUGAGUAUUAUGCACUUCAGUGGAAUAAAGGAUAUCUCAAAGUUUGCUAUGCACUACAUUAUAGAAGAAAUAGAUGACGAAACUUCCAUGGAAGACUUGCAGAAAAUGAUGAUAGUGGCCCUUAUCUACAGAUUACUGGUCUGCAUCUAUGAGAUAAUUUGUAUUUGGGGAGCCGGUGGAGCAACUCCUGGGAAAUUUCUGCUAGGCCUUCGAGUUGUGACAUGUGAUACAUCUGUACUUAUUGCACCAAGUCGUGUGUUAGUGAUUCCAUCAUCUAAUGUGAGCAUGACAACGUCGACAAUACGAGCUUUGAUCAAGAAUUUUUCUAUUGCUUCCUUCUUUCCAGCAUUCAUUACUCUGUUAUUCUUUCAACAUAACAGGACAGCCUAUGAUAUUGUAGCAGGGACUAUUGUAGUAAAAAGACGUAGAGUCAGAUGAUACUCAAGGACACCUUUAUUCCACUGUUCAAAUAUACUGGAGCCACCUUGCUGGAUUUCUGAAUCUCACUCAAGAACAGUGCCAAUUAAGACGUUGAGUUUGCUUUCUUCCAGCAAUGGGGAGCAGCACUGACUGAAUUUGAGAAUAUUUGAACAGAGCAAGAAUACUCAGAAUCUUCAAAAGUCAUUGGCAGUUUCACAGGAAAAGUAUCUCUCUUAUGAGAGAAAUACUAAUUCUGUAUCAAAAGACAGAUUUAUUUUUUAUGAAUACCUAAACUGUUGUCAUUAUUGGAGUAACCAAAGCAAUUACAGUGUUUUUGAGGGAAAUUUACUACAGAAAAUAGUAUGCUUUUGUUUUGGUGGACUUGUAAGAGUUUGCUACUCAUAAAAGCCUUAUCAUUAAUCGCUCACACAACCAUUGUAUUUUAAAUACUGAAGAGGUUUCUGUAAAUGUGUUAAAAUGUCUUGCAUGAUGUGGUAUCUUGAACAAAAUACAAAUUCAAUAUAUCAGAUAUUAUGAAGGCAAGUAAAACUAGUAUUAAUAAACAGGUAAAUACUGAGAGCUUUGGCAGUACGGCUGUAGACAACUAAGAUGAAUUGCCAUUUAAUCCCUGCUUUGGAUGGAUUAUAAAUUGUUUUAUUAUUCUUUCCCCAUCUUUUCCAAACACUUAGUUAAAGAUUUGGAGUUUUCUAUAAAAGCACAGAAAAUUUAAAUCUGUAUUUUAUUGUGUAAAAUACUUAAUUUCAGAUGUAUUUAACAACAGCCAAACUAAACUUUGAAUAAACCAGAGAAAAUUUAUGCAUAACCUUUUGCACCAUUUUAUAAGAAAAUGAGGUUUUUUUUUAAUUACACUAUUGCUAAAGCAAUACAAGGAAUUUGUGCAACAAGUGUAAAAAAAUGUAAAUAAGUACUGUCAUUUUAUCUGCCUGUGUGCCUGGAUCACUUAAAUUAUACUUACUAAAUAAAGCCUUUUUAUUUUGCAAUAUAUAUAUAUAUAUAUAUAUAUAUAUAUAUAUAUAUAUAUAUUAAGUGAAAUAGCUAAUUGUUAUCAGUUUCUUAGAAUUGAUACACUGAUUUAAUAGUGAUAUUAUAUUUUCUGUUCAUUUAGGAUCAAAUAAAGUUAUAGAAGAGAGAAAGUCUACUAAUUAGGCUUUGGCAAAGUUGCUUUUUAAAAGUGUUUUUUUUCAUGCUUGUCUUUUGAAAAGGGUGCUUAUACUCUACACUGGAUUUUCCAAGUUCUAACUGAAUAAAGUUCAAAUGUCAGCUAUGCUUUUUUGUGGAGCAGAAACAAGUGCUUUGCAUCAGAUUCUUGUACAUAUGUCUAUAGAAAGUAUCAAAUGCCUGAAGGUGACGCCUGACAAAGGUAGAGGUUUUUCAGUUAUUGUCACAAAAUGUCAGCAACUUUCUGUUUGUUAAGCAAAUUAUGAAUGGAAACUAAUUAAUCUGAGUUGGUUAAGAGAAACAGUUUGCAUUUUUUUGUUAAGAAAAAUUCUGACUUGAUCUGAAUUCAAACAAAUGAAUGGCUGAGAAAUUAUUAGAGGGGUCAAGAGAUUUUUGCUCUAAAAUACAUAUUGUAGGUUUAAAAAAUUAAAUAUUUCAUCUUCAUCUAUUUAAGAAAGUAGAAGUUGAGGCAAGUUUAGUCUAUGGGCUAAAAAAUCAGGUAUAGUACUGUUGCUACAAUUCUUAGCACUAACAAAAGUGCACUGUGAAAGGGCUGGCUUACUGGAAAACAUAAAUGGGGUACAGAAGAAAUAUACCACAAAUGUAUAUUUAUACUGAUAAAGAUGUGAUGAUUCAGCACUAGCGGAUAAAAUAUAACAAAAGUUUACUUUUAGUAAUUAUAACCUACCCUAUAUGCUGGGAAAUCAGUCAGAAGUAGUUUCACUUUACAUUUCUGAAUUACAUACCACUUCGUCUCAAUGUAAAGUUGGCAUCUGCUGAGGAUAGCUAAUUUUACUGCAUCUCUGGAUCCAUGGUAAUUAACACAUUCUAACCCCUUUGAUGUAGAGUAACACCACAGUUCCUUAUUGAGAGCAGUAAUUGACGCAGAAACAUGUGGUUAAAUCCUAUAUGCUGUAGAAAGUUUGGGAAAACACUUUGUGCUUCAUGGCAUGCUAAGCUAUGCUUAACAUUAAUCAUGAGUUAAUAUGCUAGUUGCUUCCCAUGUUAACUGUUAUCCUUGCCACUUUUGUAGGGAGAAGUGGGAGAUAAAAAACAACCAUUCGGCUUUAAUGUGUAUUGUCAGGGAGUGAUGGUGCAUGCGCAUGUGUAUUAAUGGGCUUGGAAAACAGUAGUGGCCUGAUUUGACAUCACACUAUAUAGGGAAGUAUGUUGCUGAGCUCCCACCCCUAUCCUUUUGGUGUCCCCAUUUUACUUCCUAUGACUAGAGGAAUGCUGAGACUGGAGUGGCCCUUUGUAGCUCCAUUCUCUAUCUAGAGGCUAGAAGAGUUAAGGUGACACCAUGAUUAGAGUAAGUCAGCUUAAAACAAAUUGGAUGCAACUGUAUCUAAGGCACUGUGUUUCUCCAUAUGAAUCAUAAUUUAAGGCACAGAAUGAUCUAAGUUCUUUGUCACACUAAUUGCAGUUGCAUCAUGGCUUAAUAUGUUAUUCAGACUAUAUCCCUGAGAAGUAAACAGGUGAAAGAAAAUAUUAAGCCCCUGUCAUAGUGAACAGAAGAAAGCAUUAGAUUAGUGAUUGGAUUUAGCUUGACUUUAUGCUUCCACUGUCUCUCUGCCAUCUAUUGUUAUUUAAAAGGCAUAUUUUGUGCAAGUUGCUCUAUGAUAACCCUGUGCUACAUUUCUACAAAUUCAGCAAGAUCCUUAUAAUAGGUAUUUUAUGGCUUACACAGUAUGUUUUGCCAAGCAUAGUCGUUUUUAGAGAAAAAGGUAAAAUAAUGCUUUGAUUACUCAGCAUUUUGAUAAUGAUUAACACUAGUGAUUUUGUUACUAGCAGAGGUUAAUUAGGACAGCAGUUAAAGUACAGUUCUGCAUUGCAGUAUUACUUUCUUUUAUUGUGUAUUCAGAUUGCCCUAAUCUUUGAUACUAUAGUGCAGCAGUAUUUCCUAUAUAUUUAUAUUGCCUAGCAUAAAUAAAUUCAUAAAUCUGGAUCAAUAGUUGGGAGAGUCAAGACAAUUUCAUUUGAAUGUAUUAAACUAAACCCAUCAAAGACUGUUUUACAGUUACAGCUUUGUGCAAAAUAUAUUUCCUCCAUAAGUAUACAGUAGCAAGUGUUCAUUUUAAAGAAAAGCUUCAAUAUUCAAAUACCAUGUAAAUGUGGUCAUUUAAUACAUCAACUGGAUAUCUAUAAUUUCCAUUUUUGAAGUUGGCUUUUAAUUAUAGAUAUUUGGAAGAUCUUCAGUAUAAAAUCUCUGUUCCCAAAGGAUGUCUCUCUCUCUGUAAGAUUAACAAGUUGGUUUGAAUAAACGUUCACUUUUACAUUAA